AGAAGAAUAAAAACAGUGGUCCAGGGAAAAUGGGUAGCACACUCUCUCCGCCAAAGCAAAGCACGGAAAUAAUAUAACAUCGCGAUACAAUGCACAGUGUAGGACGUUGGUUUGGGUACCGAGUGGAGGUAAUGGUAAACCGUAUGACGACGACGUCUGACGUUGAUAAGCCAGCGUGGGGGAGGCUCGAGUCUCAUUAUAAAAUUAACGAGGUGGAGGAGGUGGAGGAACAACUUCGACUGUCAUCAUCAUCAUCAUCAUCAUCCUUAUCAUCUUCGGUACAGUGACGAUACCUCCCGACUCGUCAAAGAGUAAAUCCGGCUGGACUUGCGAAAAAAAGACUUUAUUAAAUGAUUUCCUCGCCGUCGCAAAUGGAUUAAUUCCUGGCAGCCAAGAAUCGUAUGAGAUAACUUCAACGGUGAUCCUGUCAAGAUCUAAGAUGCAACAUCAUCUGGUCCAACUUCUUCUGCGUCUCCUUCUAUUGUUCAUCUUUUUACCGCACCCCGGUCAAGCGGUGACCACGUCCAAACCAAAGAGCGAGGCCUUCUGGAGGAAAUUCUGUGGCUUCUUCUGUCCCUUCCAGCUCAGUUGUGACUCGGACGUUUACCUCAGCAACCAACAGCAGGUUGAUCUCCUCAACAGCCAAGAGUUUCUGGAUAUCUUGGAGCUCUUCCCGCAAAUCCUGAUUGAGAAUGAGAAGCUGCAGCACACGACGCUUGUCAGACUAGAAGACCAUCAGCGGGACUUGAUCCUGCUGAGGUACAAGGACUUCUUCCAUCCGAGAGAUACUCUGCCGUUGGCGAGGCAGAAGAUAGUCGACAAGUUGGCGAAGGGAGAGCAGAGCUUCGGGGGAAUCCCUGCCGCUGAGCCUCCACCAAGACAUGUCCAUCUGACGGAAGGUCAGAUUCAGAAACUCGAAGAGGAAACUUUCCGUUUGGAAGAGAAUCAGGUCAAGGAGGACGUAGCUCAUAUAAGAGAAGGUGAAGGCGACGUUGGAACACCUGACUGGCAUGAAGCAGAAAGCUUCAUACGGAACUACGUCAACCAACAGCGCAUCAGGCAGUCAGAGCAAAAAGCGAAGCAACAAACUUUUACGACAACAGGGAGGACAACGGAAAACACUACGAAGCGAAGGAAUGUGAUCUCGUUCGAUAUCAAUCACCUACAAGAACAGGCGCUACAAACCAAUCUGAAUAUAGAUCAGAUCAGGCAGGAGCUAGAAAGACUGGGGCACAAGCUGGACCUCUCUAGCUACCCUCUAAAAGACCUUGCCUUGGAGGAGACUUAUCCCGAACCUGAGCCUGUUGAGCCAGAACCACGAAGAACUACAGAGCUUGUGCUAGAGGAAGCUCCUAAUGCACAGGAAAUUAUUAGUGUUAGCGAACACAAAAACUCAGGGGAUGAGGACGAUGCACCUCAUACCAGAAACGUGAAUCGCAUAUCGGAUAAAUCGUCCCGGAAAACUCUAAAACCACAACGGUCCGAAUCAAACGAUGCCAGGACUUUACAAAGUUAUUUGCACCACCAUCGUCGCACUCAGGUGCCGAGAAGUCAACGACUGACACAAACGUUGUCGAAUUUUUACGACGGCUCCUCACUGACCAGUAGAAGUAUUGAGAGUACCGAACACAGAGGAAGUAAAAGGAACUCAAAGGGAUUGAGGUACCGUUCCGCAAAACGACAGCUCCGUCAACAUCGAUCACACCUGUUGGUUCAUGAACCGGGUGGAAUAGCGAGGGAGGACGAGUCUUCAUCUGAUACCAACGCCGAUAGGGCGGUGCAUAGGAGGGUUAAACGCAACUCAAGGAGGAAACGAGAAACGUUCAAAAUGCAAGUGUGCCCUGCUGUGGAGACAUGGUCAAGCAUAGUGUUGGCAGAGACCAUCAAUGGAACAUUGGUACAGUUAGCACAGUUCCCAGAGGUCAACCAGGGUCAGUGGUUCUUACAAGAGAAAUGUCUCUACGAAUCCUCCCCGAUCAUCAAGGGGGUAACGUGUGAGAUAAGAGAGCGUUACGUUGACGCGAUCGUCAUCCCCGUUGUGGACCCCACCCAACCCAUCCAGGCAGCCAAGAUCAAGGUAGAAUGCUGUAUGAGUAUGUUUAACGUGGAAUUAAACGUGAAUGUGGAACCCGAGGAGGAGUUAUCAACGACCCCGUCGUUAUAGUGUCCAACCGAACUGUUGACGGUGUCAAAGUUCAUCAAGUUUUCAGGACUGAUAACCUCAUUCUUAUGAGGAAAUUACAAAGUUUUACUGGAGCAUUUCAAGGGCACCAAGGCAUUGAC